AUGGCAGACCGGAGGAGCUGGUUCUUCUUCUUCACAGUCUGUGCUGUGUGUGCAUCGGGAGGAAACGCCGAGUUUAAGUUCACCGUCCCAGUGGGAAAGUUAUUCUCGUAUGAGCUCAUGCGAGAGACCUUUCAGAGCGACUUUGAGCCUUUAUCCAAACUUUACGCUACCAACUUGUACGAUGACCCCAUAAUAUUUAAGUGUAAGCUGCAGAAUUUCCCAGACCUCCCCGAGUGGCUACGGUUCACCCAGAGACAUCCCUUUGAUAACGGAUUUCUGUACGGCACACCAAUGGUCCCUGGUCAAAGUAUAAUAGAAGUUUGGGCGGUAAACAAACAGAGCUACCAGACCACACGGCAGCUGUUUGUGAUCAAAGCUGUUGACGAGAAGAUCCUGCCUUAUCAAGCAGAGUUCUUCAUUAAGCUGCGGGAGAUUGAGAAGGUGCUGCCCCCUGCUGUUCAGAGUGAGAUCAAGGCGGACCUGCAGAGGCUGUGGGGAACUGAGGCUUUGGAGAUAGUGAACAUGACCAAUGCACUGGACCGAGGGGGCAGAGUGCCGCUACCCUUGGCCGGACACUUUGAAGGAGUGUAUGUGAAAGUGGGCUCGGAGAGGAACUUCUCGCCGUGCCUCCUGAGCGUGCUGAGUCCAGAACACUCGCGACAGUGCAGCGGCGCCGACAGAGGAGCCAGAGUCAAAGCCCCGGGAGGAUGCAACUUCUGCAACAUCCCCAGCAACUGCAUCAGCUGGUGCAAGACGGAACUGUUUGAUCUGUCCAACCCGAAGCCGGCUCCUCCCGCUCCCACCCUGGGCUCGGGGAUCCUGGAGGACGGAGGAGACUUCGACCCCCCAGAGUCCCCCCCGAGCAGAGACUACUUCCCGGACUACGUGGUGACUGUGAUCGUGCCUCUCAUCAUCGCCAUCGUGCUCAGUGUGCUGCUGGCUUAUGUCAUGUUCUGUCGACGCGAGGGAGUACCCAAAAGGAAUGCAAAGACAAACCAGUUCCAGCUCUUCCAUCACCACACCAUCCACGACGACACGGAGGGGCUGAGGCACAUGGCUUCAGAUCGCACUGGUCCUCCGCCUCUGUCCGCUCUGCCCAUGUUCAACUACCGCACAGGGGAACGGAGAGCGCCUCUUCAGUCCGACAACAUCCCCCUGAUCCUGGCUCAGCAUGAACCCCACAGUGACUCAAUGCCAAGAUAA